GCCUGGGAGUGGCAGAGAGGAGGAGAGGAAGCGGGUAGGCAAAAAAAGGAGGCUGAGAAGCGACAAACGAAUCAGUGACUUCCUGAAUUUUUCCAGCGACAAGAAUCCUGCAGCCUACAGCAACAGCAUGGCCGAGGGCUCUGUGUCUGCAGCAGAGGUGGAGACAUCCUUUCAGAAAUUUGCCAUUCAUGGAGACUCCAAAGCGACAGGGAAGGAGAUGAACGGCAAGAACUUUGCAAAGCUCUGCAAGGACUGUAAUGUCAUCGACGGCAAGAACGUCACCACCACAGAUGUUGACAUAGUCUUCAGCAAAGUCAAGUCCAAAUCCGCUCGUGUGAUCACAUUUGAGCAAUUCAACUUGGCCCUGACCGAGCUGGCCCCCAAGCGGUUUAAAGGCAAUAGCAAAGAGGAGGCGCUGCAGCUAAUUUAUGGUCUCAUUGUUGGCAAGGAGCCUGCCAAUGCUGGAAUCACUAGAGCAGCAAAGGUAGCGGCUGUGGACAGAUUGACCGACACGACCAAGUACACAGGAACACACAAGGAGCGAUUUGAUGAUUCGGGAAAAGGGAAAGGAAAAAUUGGACGUGAGGACAUCCCAGACACUAGCGGCUACGUCGCAGCAUACAAGGGCAGCGGUACUUAUGAAGAAAAGGUGAAGGAAUCAUAAUCCUGAAGACACGACAGUAUAAUAUCACAUCCAUCUAAUUAUAGUCUUUAUGUACAGUAUUUUCCACACUGUAAGUCGCUCUGACUAUAAGCCAAAUUAAUUAAAACGACUCAAAAUCGCACAUGUCUCCAUGGCAGAAGCGUAUUAGAAAGUAUUCUGUAACAAAAAAUGUGUGUGCCUAAAUGCAUAAAAACGCUACUCAAUGAAUUAUUGUGGCCUGAGCUGUUGCCAAAACACAACCACCACAGCAAUUUAACUAAAAGCAGCCCUUGUUAAAUUAUACCAUAUACCUGUAUAUAUAUGUAUAGUUGCAAAGUCAUGCAAACUUUAAAAACAGUAUGACUUAAAGUCUGGAAAAUAUGGUAUUUGAAAAUGAAACAUACAUCUAAUCUUAUUGGUGAGCAGGGAAAAUGCACUUAACUGUGCCUUAUUAUACAAGUAUUUUAUUGCAUGAUGCUCUUACUGUGCAAUUUCUUUUUCUUGGAUGAUCUUCAUAAAGGUCUCAGAACUUAGCUCAACAUAUAUGUGCCGAUAUAGGUCUACUCCUCCCUACCUCACACUAUAGCCUGAGAUGAUGAGCAUUGCCUCAGUUUUGUGUGGGCACUGGAGUCCAAUGACAUACCACAGAGUAUAUUUUCGCUGUCACACUUAAGGCAUGCACAGUUGCACAGUUGCACUGUUACACAGUUGCACAGUUGCACAGUUGCACAGUUGCACUGUUGCACUGUUGCACUGUUGCACUGUUGCACUGCACUCUGCAGUAGUGGUAUUACCAUAUUGCUUACUUUUAAAAUGGAUGUUGAGCAUGUAGUAUUUGACCUAAUAAAUACUCCUUUCUUGAAUGAGAAAUUAACCAAAUUUGGCACUACUAUAAUGUUGUAACUACAUUUCAAUAAAGUAAUAAUUACCUUUACAAUGUUCAAACUGGCCAUGUGAAUAACUUGUUUUAUGUAACAAAAACACAUAUUUAACUCUGGAUUUUUACAUGUUUACAUGUGUAACUAUGGCAGUCCAUUAAGAUUAAAGGAAAAUGCGUCAUAUUGAAAUUUCAUUUUUUUUUUUCCUGUGCUUCUAUCAUUUUGGUUCCUGUUUGACAGUUACUAUAGAAAAAUUCCUGUUUUGUUCUACAUUUUAUUCUGUUGCCUUUACCUUCCUUUUUGGGCUCAUCUGACACAAAUUUUACUCAUGCAAUUCGUGCAUAUAUGUUGUUACAUUGUUACAGACACGCCUGACUUUAAUUUCUAAAGUGACUUCAAGCAUAACUUAACCGAUUAGCAGCAGGCAUUAAUGGAACGACUCGAUGAUUCAAACAACUCCAAAACUCUACACUACAACAUCAUCAUGGAGCAGUGCAGAAUCUGUAUUUAUCUUUUUCUAUACUGUGUAUGGGACAGUCCAGGGUGUACUGGGAUAGGCUCCAACAUGGCCGAAUUACACUCCAAAUUAACAGGGAACAGCAUACUAACAUAAAACUGGGAAGUCCAUCAAUUUUUUAAGGUCCUCAGCACACAUCACAAGGCAGACAAAACCUCAUCCUUGCAUUCUGUUGUGUCACAUUCUGUUAUGUGAACCAGCCAAAAUGUCCCCAAUA